ACUGCACUCUGCUGGUUACCAGGCUUUUCUGACAAAAUGCUAGCAGAAGCUUUCCUACCUGGCAUCCUGUACCAAGAACAGAAACACACCAAGUUGUACAAACCCCACACAUGUAAGCAGAACCCCAAGCAGGAAAAAGAAACUUGGGCAGAACAGCUUUUGGAGAGCGAAGAUGGGAAGUUUCCCUCCACUGAAACAAAGAGACCAGACAAGAGUCGGCCCGAGAGCUGCCCAGAGCACAAUAAGGACUCGUGUCUGCAGAGAUUGGCAGAUGGGGCGGUGACACAGGGCCAGCAGGGUGCAGCCCUCCAGGGUAAUGCAUCUAUAGCUUUGCAGAUCCCCCAAAGAGCCCCGCCAGAAGAAAACGAGCUGGAUUUGUAUCGCUCGUGGUCCUGCACCAGCAUCUGCCAGAAUUACCCUGACCUCCAUAUUGGGGGCAAUCGUGUGGGGCAUGCUUAUGAUUCUGGUUGUUUUGUGGACCAUGUCCAUGAUGAGGCCUUUGCUGGGCCUCUGCUUCUCUCAGAGGACAUCCCACUUGGCCAUUCUCCCAUCUCCAUUAGGCCGCCUACCAUGGCUUACAAGUUCCCGCCUGGGGAUGAUGUUCGAGAAAGAAGCAUCCUUUUGCCCAAGCAGCCCCUGACCAACUCAGUGCUGAACAGCUACAUGGAAAAGAAAGUGGAUGAGCUCUACAAGCAGGUUUUUGAAGAGAACCUGACCCGCUGUCACUCUGUGACCAGCCUUGUGGCUUCUAAUCUCCUGAUGAGCAACUUGAAUCACCUCAGCCUUCAGAUCUCCCAAGAACAAAACAUUGAGGUGUCUCAAGCCCGAGAGGCCCUCUUACAGUCUGUGGCCUUGCGCAGCCUGUACUAUGCUUCCAAAGGAAACAGUUCAGAGCUCAGCACUCCCAGCCUGCAGAUCUCGAGUCAGACAAAUUGGGAGAAAUUGCCGAAGAUGUAG